GAUUAAUGAUCACUGGCUUUAAUAUUGCAGUGACACUUCUUUUUUUCUUUCCAUUUAAAGAACUUUUAAGCAGAUAAUCUGUCUAAAGAAACGCACCAAACCAGGAAUUAAAACUUUCUUUCCCCCCUUCACUAAUCUUGGCCCUUCACAUUUGUCUCCUGGCCUCCUAGAGAGCUCCAGCCCCCUAUGUUGGAAACCACUGAAGUAAAGUGUAUAGAAAGAAGUUGGUAGUCGGUUCCCUGGUCAUUUUAAACGCCUUGCGCUGAUAAUUCAGAGCAUCCUUGCACCUCAUCGGGGACUCUGCUGUAGACCUUCCUCCUCCUCCCCCUCUUUUACACGGACGCGCCCUCCCCUUCAGCGCAGCGGAUGAGCGCCCCGUGGAUGCUCGCUGGAGUACAGAGCUGCAACGAGGACGGGAGGAGAACACUUUGACCGGCAGCGGGGGAGCGACAUCGGGACUCUUCUUUUCUUUUAAAAACUAAAAGAUAAAAAAGGAAAACUUUGGAAUUUCCGGUGCAAACUUGAAACUUGUGAGGUCGGAGGACGAACUGUGGGGUCAGCAUGGCAUCUCUGAUGAACUCUGCGUGCUUGCUCUUCUUGCCUGUUGCUCUGCUUCUGAUGCUGAGUCCGUGUUCUGCAGCCUCAGCCAGAAGGUGUCACUCCAUCUACAAGGGUUUCGCUCAGUGUCUGAUGGCUCUGGGCGACAGUUUGACGGACAGCGCCCGCAAGGAGGAGGACACGCACGAGAUACACUCCAUCUGCAGGUCGUGGGAUGAGUUCCAUGACUGCGCUAACGUGGCGAUGGCUGGCUGUCCGGAGGAAGCGGCAGCUGUCUGGGAGUCUCUCCGCCAGGAGUCUAAGAAAAUGCAGUUCUCCGGAAACCUUUAUGACAUGUGCUCCAACCGUAACACCCACCCAGCGGCCUCGCUGUCCCCUAACGGCUCACCCAACCAAGAAGAGAUCAACCAGGAGUCUCUAAGAGGGAGUGCCUAUCACGUGGCAGGCUGCCUCCACUAUCUCCUUCUACUGUCUCCUGUGCUGCUGCUGUUGUUGUUUUGGAUAUAACUACCCCCAAAGAAAUGGGAUUAGUGUGAAUAGAUAUAAACUUUGUGUACUUUUUCUUCCACGAUUCCAUAGACUUUUCACUGCUUCUUCCUCUGCUCUGCCAGGGGUCGAAUAUUUCUAACUGCAUGUUCAGAGGCUCGACAGUCUUUUUGAUAAUAUAUCUCUAAAUUGCCUGUGCCGUUUCAUGCAUAUUCUCUGCCUAUUAAUUAGAUCCUCAGUUGAAAAAAGCUCACAAAACUCACCGAGAGAUACACAAGCCCUGCAAACACAUACAUAGUUGAGCAGAUGCAUACUGCAGCCUCUCAUCAUCCGUCUUUAUCCUGUAUCCUUCUAAAUCUAGUUAGUACGAGCUUGCAUGUGAUGGUUUCAGGGUGAGGCUGUCUCCUUGAAUGCAAUAAGAUAAGAGAUUAAUAAGAGAAAUCUAAUAACUGAGACUUGUUUGAUAAACUUGAAAACAAAGCGAUGAAAAGACCAGAUGCCACAACUAGUUACUGUUAACCCCACUUUUAUGUGGGCUUUACAUGAUGAACAACACCCAUUUCUUAUUUACUAAAUGCAGACACAGUGCUGGGUGUGAGUAGUUAAGAUAUAAUGAUGGUGACGAUGAUGUAGUUCUAAUGUUCCGAAAUUAGUUUUUCAGACUACAAAGUAAUUGGAGUCAUAAAUUACACUUGCUGUAAAUUAAGCUAACUUUGAAGCUAACUAAUUUUGAAUAAUGUUCUUAUUUAGAGAAAAUGCAUCACAGUGUCUUCUGUGGGUGCAGGAGCAACACGAGCUCUGAGCUGAAGUUCAAUUGAAGUCAGAGUAUGCCGGAGUGGUUUUUAUUUGCUGCUUGCUCAGUUAUGAAGUCCUCUGGGGCUCCUCCUUGGCAUCCUGCAUUGGAGCCCUACAGUAUGGGACCAAUAUGUUCUCCAGUCAGAAACACAACCCACUUGCAUGCCAAGUGGAUUUCAUGCUCCAGGAGUCAUAGAUUUGGCCCUGCAGGCCUGCUUGAGCUGCUUGUUAUUCUAAGUGACUGCAGGUAACAGUUGUUUCUGUCUGGCCCAGGAUCAGAUAUAUUAUCAGAUUAGAGACAGAUAGAGAGUGAGAGAGAUGAGUACAGCUGGAAAACACACAGUUCUGCCUAGUUGAAGAUUGAAUCCACUUGUCUCGCAGCGAGUGUGUUUUACACAGGGGGCUUUACGUUGCAAGUUUACUUUUCCUUCUCCACAAAAAAAUAAAUCAAAGCCAGGUCGACUUUAAAGAGUUACGCUAAGAUGUGUGGAUGCACAAAACAUAAUCCUCAAGGGGCCGCAACAGUGCACCAACCUUAAGAGAGGUGGAAAUAAAUGAAAUUUAUUAGACAAAAAAGAUCCAAAGAGAGCUGCGUAAUAGCUGAUUGAGUCUGUCUACCUUGCCAGUGGCAAGUUCGUUAAAUGUACCUAACAGAGUUGAAUAGAAGCCGAGAGGCAUUUCAAACAGAUUUAUGGAUGGGUGACAAAUGAAAGAAAAAUGCAACAUAAAGUGCGUCUUGGCAUUGAUUUUCCAAGUCUCUGGAACUCUGCUUGAGGGAUGAAACAUCAUUCUCCCAAAGAUAUUCCCUUUAUUUGGUGUUUUGAUGAUGGCAGUGAGGAGUGCUGUGUAACAAAGCACCCCGAAAUCUCCUGCAGGUUCAACGGGGUUGAUAUUGAAUGAGAAGGUCAUAGCAAAUGAUUCACACUUUUCCUUUCCCAUGUCCAUUCAGCGACCCCUCGUCUACUAUGGAUAGCUGAAUUAUCAUUCUGGAACAAUUCAUAGACUGUAUAUAAAAGACAGACAUAGCCACCAUGAUAACAACCACGGGUCUGUGAAGUCUUACCAUGAAGCCUAGAGCUGAAUAUUCUUCUGGUUGCUUUUUAUGUUUUGAAAUCAGACUGAGACUAAAAAAUUCAAGAGACACAGCACAUUUAUGUUGUAGCAACUUUGCACGAGGGUCCUUGUGGACGUCCAUGUGCAUGCCUGUGUUUUUGACCAUGUGGACUGAUGCACAGAGAAUUUACAUUGCAAUGCACCAACCUAGCCAGCUCCCCAGGCAACAGACUUCAAGCAGAUAUCAAAGAAGUAUAAUAACAAAUAUAGGAGUAUAUAAGAAGUAAAAAUAAGUAUGUCUCCAUCUGUUCAUGUCUGAAUCCACAACAGUGAAGCCAAAGGAAACCAAGGAAUACAAAAUACAUUUUUCUUAUAGAUUCAUCUAAAUCGAGUUCUUUUUGCAAACAGAAGAUUCACCCCCUACUGGCCAACAGACAGAAUGCAGGUUUGGUAAAACUGCAGCAAAAAAGUAGAGGAGGAACAUGCAGGAAGAAUCAGUGGUACUAAACAGGCCAAUCACAAUAACGUGGGCGUGUCAAGGACACUGAUAGUUGCAUUUCGAGAGAUGUGCGUGCCAGGUUGCAUUGUGGGGUUUCGGAGAGGUUUGCGGUUCUGGUGUAGUUGCCACGGUAACAGUGCAAAAUGCAAAUGUAACAGAAGAAAUGCUGGUCACAUAUGUAAAAGUGUAUUUUCAGUUCUUGUACCACAGUCUUAGGGAGCAGAGGGGGUGUUAUGCUUUUUACUGCCAGUGGUAAGGAACAGUUUUUUAAUCUGUUGGUUCUCCAUGCUGCCUUCCUUUGCAGACCUCAACCAUGUCCAUCUUUUAUAUACAGUCUAUAGAAAAGACCUUUUCCAACAGGAUAGUAAUGUGUCAGCUUAGACUAAAUUACUAAAACAACUUCUAUAUACUUUUACAUAUAUACUUUUUAUAUAACUAGACCAAAAUCAUGUAGUAAAAUGCUCCCACAGUAUAAUAGGAUGUCCUCACAGUAGUAGUAAAAGGUUCAGGUUUUUCCUAUCUCCGUUCUCAGCUGUUUAUUUAUGCAGUAGUUUAGUUUGGGAUAUCAAUGUCAAAAGCAAACGUUGCCUUAUUAGCUGAUAAGCUCAAGACAACUGAACCUCCAACAAAUAUUACAUUUUUAAUCAGUUUUUAAAUGUUAAGAAUAAACAGCAGCAGGAACCCACUGACAGAAACAGUGAGACAAAUUUACACUAAAAGAGAAAAACUCCAACCAUCCCACAGCUCCUUUUUUUUACGUGAGGGACUUCAUCCACAGAUAUGCUUGAAUGGUUUAAAGAGGCUGCUCCAGUUUUGAACUUUAAUUAAACUGACAGAAUUAGCAAUUAAGAGGCCUCAAUGGCUGACUCACCAAGGUGCAGCAAUUUCAGAACUAUCUUCAUGGAGCUCUGAUAAGAUGAUGCAUCUGGAGAUUAAAUUUAAGUAAAUCCUAAAUGUGAGGACACACAGGAAGAUCACACAAGAAGUGUUUGUAUAAAAUCCUACAGCACAGUGAGCGCUGUCAACAUGUCCCAGGGUGGUUUAUGGAAAUGUAACAGGUUUAGACCUGCCUUUAAAGACUCUUACAUACAAAGGUACUCCAAAACACAAAGAAACCUUCUCAACUCUCUGUUAUGAGAAGUUCUGUUGCAUGAACAAAUCCGAUUUCAGCGAUUUUUCAAUAACUCUGCAGUGUAAAUGCAACAUUAUUGACCAAAGCUGAGCAGGGAAUUAUUUCCCAGCACUGCAUUUGAGACUAUACAUCUCUUUGCCUCCGGCAACAGCUUGGUGUUCUGACAAAUAGCUUAAAUUGGACUGAAAGGGUGGCAGGAGAUGGAGAAGCAAUCUUAAACACCAGUACAUCACCGUCCCAUCAAUGGUACAGUAUAUUUGGCUUUAUUACUCUGAGCAAAUGGCAGUGAAAACAACAAACAUGUUGCCAUUUAUUCAUUUCCUCUGCAGCACAUUUUGAUUGCUACAGAAGAGAAUAAAUAUGGUUAGGGGCUGGGGUUUCCAUUUCCUUUUAAAUGCUUUAUUAAAGAACCAGGCUCCUCUGAUAUGAUCCUUUUUCAAUCAACACAACUUUGCUCUUCUCUUUGUCUUUAUGACCUGCAGGAUCACAGUCCCACUUCUUUCACUAAUGAUUAAUUGUUAACAGAGACACAGAAAGCCAAAAGUUUCCUGCUGAUCCAUCAUCAACUCGCUCACACUACAAAUUAAAAAAUCACUGCUCCAUUUUGUUAGCCUAUUUAGCAAUGCAUGGUUAUGAAUGUGGAGCUGUUUCUUUGAAUCAUACAAACUCUGCAUUUCUAAAGAGAUGAUAGAGAAAGUGAAAUUUGUGCAUCUCUUAAUAACAGCUGAUUCAAUUUCGGGCUUUUUUCACCAGGUGACAGACACUCUUCCUGUCUUUGUUUAUCGUCCUGGCAAUGUUUGUUUUUAUUAAUAAUUUAUAAUUUAUUUACUACUGUUGAAGAAAGCAGGGUUCACCAACACGUUUUUGCUCUACACACACACACACACACACACACACACACACACACAUAUAUACAUAUAUAUACAGAGAAGAAUGAUUGUUUUCCUGAUCUUGUUACUCGCUCCUCAAAAAGGAAGCACUUAAGUUUUUAAAUACAGCAGUCAAACCAACAGAGAGUAGGGGUGAUAUCACACACGGGGGCUCGUUCAGCUGCAAUAAAAGUUAAUCAGUUUCUAGUCUAUUUUUCCAUCAGCAAACUCACCUGGGUUUUUCCAAUAUCAAUACGCAUUUUUAGUGAAAAAAAUCCAUUUAGUAAAAAGAAUUACACACAGGGUUACCGAAGGACCUCCAACACACAGUUCUCCAAACUAGUUUAUUGUUAUCAAGCUUUAAUCUGAUUCGGAUGCUCAUUUUUCUGACUUUAAUGGGGAUCUCCUUUAGGGGGAUGCUGACUAAAUCAUCCUGUGUAUUCACAGACUGAUUUGUAUGUGAGGCUUAUAGAUAGCUUUCCUUUUUGUGUUCAUUCUGGAGGGAUCGUAGCAAAAAUCGAGCACAUAAAAGUCCUUUUUACUGGUUGUAAGAGCAUUUUUUCCCUACAUGGAGAGCUGACCAUUUUCUCCAGCCAGCCUUUUCUAUAAUUCUGUGGCGGUGAAACACCAGCUCUACCUCUCUGUAGGGAAUGUUUCCCUCCUCACCUUCAGUUUGUCUCCUGAACUCCUGUUGUCUUUCUGCCUCUGCCAACUCCUCUCUGUCAUUUCAUUUAGCUCCUCGUCCGUGAUUCAAGUAAAUGAAUAAGUUAAAUUCUAACUUUCACGUUUCCAGAAAGCUUGCACCAUACAAUGAACAUUCCAGACUGGAUAUUUGUGUUUUCUUCAUCCAGACUUAAACAAUUGAAACGAUAUAAUUUAUGAACAAUGGAGGAAAUGUGUUGGGAUUUUUUGCCCUGACAGUUUUGUGCACCUCACAGUCUUAGUCUGACCCAUAAAGCCACGUUUAUAGUUAAUACGUCAGCUUGAAAAAAACCGUAUUUCCAUUGUGUAUUACAUUAUGAACAAAGAAGAGGUAGGCUGGAAGUGACAUACAGGAUAUUUUGAUAUGAGAUUUACUGGAUCAGACUCGUGAAAGCACAGACAGACAGCUCUCACCUGGAUAGCACACACAUCUACUCGCAUUUAGCUGGUGACUGCGAGCUCAGCUGUCGUUUCAGGCUCAUAGCUCAAACCUGAGGCCUCCAGUUAUAAUUACUGAUAAGAGGGGAACAAAGAAAUUACUAGAUACUAAAAAGUUUGGGAAGUACAAGAUAAGUAUGGCAGUGACCUAUGUACGUCAUUAAAGACGCAUUUUGUGAAGACUGAGAAAGGCAAUGAAAGAAAAUAAUUCUGCUUUUCCCCUUUCAUUUAUGGCUAAUAUAAAAAGGAGUGAGAGACUAUUUAAAUGAAUCUAAAUGCCUCCUCCCCUUAUUAAACACCGCUCAUAAAUUCAAACUACUAUUUCGAAAGUCAAGUCACUGUUUUACGACAAGAAACGCACAGACUGACAAUGAGUAAAGUCACAUCACUCUGUAUAGUGUGAAUACUUAAAGCUCUCUUAUUAUCAGUGUAUAUAGCGGUUUCAUAUGUAUAUAUCAAAUGUCAUAUAUGCUUUGCAAUUGCUACUUUUAAAGCUUUAACAUUUUCUAUUGUAGUGUUUCAUCCACUUUAUUCCUCUCCCCAGGACACAUGUAUCUGCUCUUUAACAGCUGCUACCACUGAUUGUACAACAUACUGAGCUUUCUAGAAAAAAAUUAUAUUUAUUUUAAAAAUAUGCAUCAGAAAAAAAUCAGUUCAUAACUACUAGAUAUAUGUCCUUAAGAAAAACUGACGCUUGAUUGCAAAACAAAACUCUGGAAGGUGUCAUGAGCAGCUUGUUUUAUGAUAAAACAAUAAAUUAAUUUGAUUAAAUGACCAAGUUCAUUAAUCAGCAUUUUUUAAAAUGUGCUUGGGGUGUCUUAUAAGCCACAUGACAUCGAGUGGUGGUGAGAACAGCUCUCUUCAUUAGACUUUUGUUCUGUAUAAGCAGGGCGUUACUGCUGAGCUGUCAGUCACCUUCACAUUAAAUGAACUUACAGCCAAAUACAUAAUCGCUAUAAAUGAUAGAGGAAAAUUGACUUGGAGCGUAACAAUUUUAAAGCCAUAAAGUUCACGUGUAAUUCAAGCUGUUACACCUGCUAUGUUUGCAGCUAGAUUGUUAAUUGUAACUGCAUCUUUCCCUCAUUUUCUCACUUUGAUGCACGUUUCAGACUAAAUUGCCGUUUUCUCUCCAGAAAACUGUGCUUUUGGGCCUCACUUUGAUCUUGUCACACUUCCUUGGUGGGGACUGUUGACUUUGAAAGCAUUGUGUACACAAGGGCCUUAAACCACAAUCUCCUGCUUGGCAGUCUUGUGUUUAAUAUCUGUUUGGAAACAGGCAAAAAAUAAAAAAUGCUGAAAUGCUUUUUGUGUAUACAGUAAAUCCAACCACCAUGCUUUAAUUUUUCAGAUGGGCCCAUAAACGAAGCGCUGAAUGACUUCAACUUCCUAUAAUCUACUCAUGUAAAACACACUCUGUGUUAUUUGAAAUAACUAGUCUAACAAUAUGUUGAAAUCCUGUCACGUGCUGGAUUUUGCCAGUAAAAAAAAUAACACAAGCUUUAUAUGUGCAUUUAUUGUUGUGUAUGUACACGGUGAUUGUUUUCUGUGUUUAAGGUUGUAAGUGUGUGUCUGUGUGUGUGAGAGGAAAGUGUGGUAUAAAUCAGCUGUUAAAUGAGUGAUUUAUCAACACAACAUGAUGUAUAUUUCAUUGUUACUGAUUAAACUGCUCUUCUUUGACACUUUCCAAACAAGAUGGCAUCCCCUAACCACGUUUGUUUGUUGAAUUAGCAUGCAGAGCUUUUUGCCUUUUUGGAUGCAAAUAGCAGAGGACUAGAACCACAUGUAUGUACGUGCAUUAUCAUAUGAAAUAUUCAUUACAUUCCUAUGUGAAGAUUAAGCUCAAAGAUUAAUCUCCAAAAUGGUUUUCAAGAAGCUGUUACUGUUCGGGAGGUCUGAAUGUCAUCACAUCAUGGAUGAAGGAACUACUCCAAAGAUGAACGCGGGAAUCUUCACGACAGCAGCUCUGUGCACAUACUGAUCACAUAAGUGUAUUUUAUUGUGGACAAUGACAAUGAAUGCUCAGUAUUUACAUCAAUAAAUACAGCCAUAAGUCUUUUGAAAUGAUGGAAACGCAGCAUUUUCUGCUUUUAAAAAAGAACUUUGUGAAAUAUUUCUGUAUUUGUCCUUGGCUGUCUUUGAUUAUGUCGGCUUUCUCUCCUUUUUUCUUACACCUUUAUAUCAUAUCACUCUGCUUAUCUUACUUUCUUUUCCUGCCCUAGCAGAAAAUCCAUCUACAUGUCGUAGGUUUUGCUACCUUUAUAGAAAAAUCAUUAAACUGGUGCUGAUCUGACAAUCUGCUUGUCCUCAUAU